UUUACUUUCCCCUUGAGCCGAACACAAGCUCGAGCUAGAGGGUCUACAAAAUCUUAAAAAUAUUAAGAAACGAGUAUUUCAUAAGACUUUGUGGAGUAUUUUAUUACAUGCAUCCACUUACAUGGAUCAGUGACGCAAGGAAGCAUAAAAGCUCAGCGCAACAUCACACCGCCCGUUACAGUUUGACCUGCUGCUUAGAAGGGCUAUGGGAUAUGAGAAGCUCUUAGUAAGAUGAACAGCAAUUUCCUGUUAGCUCUUGGCCAGGGAGUGGCAACGGCAAACAACAAGGAUAUGCUUCCUGCUCGACGCCGUAACUUUUUUCUUUUUCGUGCAUCUUAAUACAGGAAAACUACAACAUAUUGGAAUUAAUGUGUGUACUCACGUUGUUUGUCAACAUUUUACUGAAGAAAAAAGCUCCACGCAAGACAACACCAAGUCCGCUUUCACAGGAACUUUACAAGGUAAUUUCCCCAGAAAGCUACAAAUAUGUUUUUAACCAGGCAUCUGCAUGUAAGGACCGAACCCCCUUCUUGGUGCUGAUGGUUCCAGUGGCGCCCAGUGAUGGAUUGUCCAGGGCUGCUAUCAGAAAGACAUGGGGAGCACCAGGACUCAUGCCUAAUGUGGACAUCCUUACUCUGUUCUAUGUGGGUCUGCCCGAAGAGGGCCAUCACUCCCACAUACAGCAGGACCUUGAGAGAGAGAGCAGAGAACACGGUGACAUCAUCCAGAUGGACUUCCAGGACCACUACCAGAACCUGACCAUCAAGACCAUGAUGAUCAUGAAUUGGCUCGCCACCCAUUGCCAGGAGGCCUCUUAUGCCAUGAAGGUGGACACGGACAUUUUCGUCAAUGUGUUUUACCUGGUCAAUCGGCUGUUAGUUGGCGGCGGCUCAGUCAGGCAUGAGUACAUCACAGGCUCAGUCAUCAGUGACGGCAGGCCUCGGAGGGAUUCGAACAGUAAAUGGCGUCUGUCUAAGGACGUUUACCCAGAAGACACGUUUCCCCCGUAUGUUUCUGGGGCAGGAUAUGUCUUCUCUAUCGAUCUGGCCCACAGGAUCUCAUUAGCGUCCAGGUUUGUGAGACCCAUCCCCUUGGAGGAUGUCUUUGUGGGAAUGUGCCUGAAAGAAUUAGGCAUCCGGCCUGUGUAUGCCCAAACAUUUCUUCCACCCAGGAACCUGUUUGAGAUCCGUCGAUUGGAUUAUAAGAGGUGUACGUAUGCCACACGAGUCAUCGUCACUGGAUUUAAGCCACAGGAGCUGGUGGAGAUCUGGGGUGACUUCCAGAAGGGCCAUCUCGCCUGUUGACCUCUUAUUCCAGUCCUUGCUUAUGCAUUAAAAGGCACUAACUAGGCCUCAGAUUAAUUUGUAUGCUCCUAUGUUUACGCAGUGUGCAUGGACCCGUGCAAUGUAUUAUGACCUCAUAUGCAGGAUCCUGUAUUUGACAUUUGGUAAUAUUAUGAUCUACAUGUAGGUGGAAUGUGUUUAAUGAGAUGUUAACAUGCCAAAACAAGAAAAAGACCUGUAGUUCCACUUCUUAAACAGCUGGUGGCAUAGUUCACCCACUUUCCUGCAAUGAGGUGGAAAAGAAAAGAUCAGCAUAUUCUUUUUCAAUUGUAGUGCCUUUUCAUAAUUGACUGUUUCAGAAAAUGAUUUGAACAGAUUUUAUAAUUCAAUAAAAAUAGUUGUACGGCAA